CGAUGAAUGUGGUCCUGGAUUAAAACAUUUCACGCAAGUGUUAAAACCAAUAAAAAAAAAAAUUCAGUCGUGUUUCACAGAUGACUUUCUGUGCAGUUAGACGGUGAGUUAGCACUCAUUAGAAUUGAAUACUAAAUGAUAUUUCUUUGGGGGCAAGUCCGUGCGUAAUCAUACGCCAGACAUAGCGACCACCUGCCGCGCGAAUGUGUUUCACUUGGAUGCCGCAAAAACGGAAGGAAGGUUACCGAAGUUAGAUUCUGGAUAUAAUCCAAGAAGACAAACAACUAUUCUCCAAAAGCAAGUAAACAAAACAUAUGCCAGGCAUGGCGACAUCGAAAACGCAAUACACCUUCCCUGCGGAUUAUAUAUUAUUACCGGAAUAUCAACCGGAAGAAACUACAAUGCAAAAUUCAAUAGAGAACAGUAGUUUUCCAAUCGAAGAACCGAAAAAACACUGGGCAGCGAUGGCUGUUUUGCCAAUCAUAGCUUUCGUUGCCACGGGAAACAUCCUAGUUAUCAUGGCCGUCAAAUUGGAUCAUAAAUUGCGGAGUUCAACUAAUUAUUUUUUGACGUCACUGGCAAUGGCGGAUUUACUUGUAGCCAUCACUGUGAUGCCACCGAGCUUGGCCAUGAUUAUAAAUAAUUACAAAUGGCCGUUUCCCGAAAGUCUUUGUGGAAUAUGGGUUAUGCUGGACGUAUGCUUUAGUACGUCUUCUAUACUUCAUCUAUGCAUGAUUUCAUUGGAUAGAUACCUAGCGCUUGCUAAUCCUUUCCGAUACAACAACGGUGGUUGGAUGUCGAAAACAUCUUCAGGUGGUUGGGGUACUGAGAAACGUGGACGAAUGGGAGCAGGAUUCGGCGGAGGUGCCAACAAGAUGACAAAAAGGGUAGCUAAGAGAAUCCUAUUGGUGUGGGCGAUAUCUAUAGGUAUCUCACUUCCGUUACCGAUCCUGGCGAGUCAAAAUAGAGACAAUCUUUUUUACGGGCAAAUGUGCGUUAUCAAUAUUCCCGAAUUCGCCAUAUAUGGAUCGAUUGUUGCUUUCUUUGCUCCAUUAAUUGUGAUGUUUAUUACAUAUUCGUUAACAAUAAGGACUUUGCAAAAACAGUCUAAGCUGGUCGCUUGCAUCAUGGGGAAAGAUGGUUCAACGCACAAAGGGAAAUCAUCCACGUCCUCUUCCAUAACAUCGCGGCGGAGCGUAGGAAGCACAAAAGGCACCAUGUCAGGAAAAUGGACAUCAGCAAGCAGAGCCGGAAAUUCUUCAUUGCCAGACCUUUUGAGAUCAUCAGAAAAUUGCAUGGAUUUAGAAGAAACUUCAUUUUCAAACCAUCGAAGACUUGAUUCAACAGCGAGUGGUAUUCAGUUCAUAGCCACGCCGUCCGAGAGUAGAAUCAAGACAUGCGCCAGGUGCGCAAUGUUAUGUUGUGGCUGUUUUAGCUCAGAUAAAACUAGCCGUCAAGAUAUACACCGAGAACUUAUGGAAAUGGAAUACACUGUGGGAAGUAAAACCACUUUACAUAAAACGGAUAGCGAAAGCAGUGACACGAGCAGUAUAACAAACCAUCCACCAGUGAAAAGAUCACCAAUGAUCACAAGAGCAAACCUUAAGCUCGCUAAAGCAGUUUCUAAACUUCCAUUGAAAAGAGUAUCUACGCGUAGGAUAUCUGCUUCCAUGAAAUCAAGGGCUAUUGCAACAGAACAACGAGCAUCAAAGGUAUUGGGAAUGAUCUUCACACUGUUUUGUUUGUUCUGGUGUCCUUUUUUCAUUACAAACGUUUUUAGUGGUUUCUGUGCAACUUGUCAGAUUUCAUCGUGCAAUAUGGAGCUUAUGGGAAAUUUGAUGAACUGGUUUGUAUGGGUUGGAUACGUGUCGUCAGGUGUUAACCCGUGCGUUUAUACAUUGUUCAGUCGGCAAUUUCGUGACACCUUCAAAAAACUUCUCUGUCGGCGUUACGAUGAAAUAGGGACUGGGGGAAAACACUUUUCUCGAUCUUAUCCCAGAGAUGGAACAACGGGAGGAAUCAGCACCUCAUCUUUCAGAGGAAGAGACUAUGGAUACUCAAUCUCAAUGGAUCCGGCAUCCAGAAGAGAGAGUGAGAUGCAGGGUGGAGCAGGCAUCCGUCCAACGCCCAGCGUUCAUCGUUCGCUGGGUGAAAGCAUCAUGAUCAGACAACACAAAAGAAGUCAAGUAACGAGAAGCGCAGACAGCGACGCUCUGAUUGGCCGUUUAUCUCGUAAAGCAUCAAUGCUCAAUGGAGAUUCGGGCGAUAACGCGUCAAACGAAAAAGAGCUUAACCGACAAUGGAGAACAACUUGGCAUUUCACUAUUGACGGCGAGGAAGGUCAAAAAACGGACGACAAUCGUGAAAACUCAUUAGAUAUGGAUACCAAUUCGCUCAUUGUCAAAUUUGCGAAUGAAUGGGAACAACGAACCAGGCGUCGACGAAGAUUGAUGUCCGCGCCCACUCAAGCAAUAUUAGGAUGGAGGGAUUUUGAUUCAAGAUAUCUGGAGAAAAGUCAGGAAAUUAACGAAUCGAAGAAUUCCCCUGGUAAGAGAGAACCGGAGAAGGCUGAACAUCAUCAUCGCGAGAGGAAUUACAAAGCCAAGAAAAACAUCAGACGACAUCUGAGUUUGAGCGGGAAAAGUAUUUUCCAAACAAUAGAAGAAAAAAAUUGUCAUUACAAUGGAAGCGAAUCCAGUUCCAACGAAACUUGCGAAAGUGAAUAUGAGAACAGCGGUAAUGACGAUGUUUUCCAGGAUAAUGAUCUGGAGGGGCCAGCGACGGCGACAAGUCGAAAAUCUUUACCUUUAUUUGAGCGAACCAGUAUAACCGAAGCCCGCGUGAGGUUUUUAUCAGAAAUAGACUCGAGGAAUUGUAUUUCACGCAGUGCAAAUGAAACUACUUUAACUAACAGUAUUACAAGGGCCGACAGCCAAAAUUGUACGAGUUCCACAUAUCUUAAUAAUAAUGUCACUAAAACCAGGGACGAUUCUACAAAUAACGAUACAUGUGAUUGUGAAACGCAAUUAUCAAAGUCAAAUGACGUUACAAACUGGGAAAAAGAUAAACGCAAUCGUGAACUAGAACAUUAUAAAAAGUUUCAAUUAUCUCGACUCGACAGUGGUAUGGGCGAUUCCGUAAGAAAUUCACAAAGCUUAUGAUAGUCGCAAAUUAGCGUGUGCUUCUUGAGUCUCACAUUAUUUAUAUUGGAUAUAUCACAGUUUAGUAUAUAAAAUGAAAACGCAUAACAUUCAUCUCAGAAUGCCGGACGUGUCACAAAUUACUGUAAAAGAAACUAUUGAAUGAGAAAUUGAUCUAUAUAUUUGCACCUUUUACUGUAUUUUGUUUUAGUUGUGAAUAACAACCAUUCAAUUUAUAUUCAGUUCUAUUUUUAUUUCGACUUUUCACUGCAUAUUGAUAACUGUUUUUUUUAAUUUUUAUUUUAUUGUUAUCGCACAAUGGACAAAAUUAUUUGUGAAAUAUAUAUCAUGUUAAUAACUU